UACAACACCCUGACUAAAGAGAGAGCCAACCUACAGACCAGUUACAACACCAUGACUAAAGAGAGAGACAAGCUAAAGACUGAGAGAGAGUUUCUUAACUGGAGGCUUACCAAUCUCAGCUGGCAGAAGUUUGAAUCCAGUUGGUACUUCCUGUCUACUGAGUCUAAAACCUGGAAGGAGAGCAGACAGGACUGUCUGAAGAGAGGAGCAGACCUGGUGAUCAUAAACAGCAGAGAGGAACAGACAUUUCUCUUCAACCUCAAGAAGAGAGUCUGGAUUGGUCUGACUGACUCUGUUAAGGAGGGGACCUGGAAAUGGGUGGACGGCACCCCACUGACCACAAGGUACUGGAAUGACAAGCAGCCUGAUAGUGAAGAUCCUAGUGGGGAAGAGGACUGUGUUGAGAUACAUAAAGAUUGGACUCCACUUAAGGCAUGGAAUGACAUGUCAUGUGACAGGAAACUCAACUGGAUUUGUGAGAAAGUGUUUUAACAUCACCAUGACAACAUAAUGUAACACAUAUAGCAGUUUAUAUUGUACACAACUUUGUUCUUCAUUCUCUCUCUCUCGCACACGCACACGC